AUGCUGGCGCUGGAGCUGCUGGGCUUGGCUUGGCUGGCCGGGGUGGCGAUGGGGCAGAACGAGACGGAGCCCAUCAUCCUGGAGGGCAAGUGUCUGGUGGUGUGCGACUCCAACCCGGCCUCCGACCCGACGGGCACGGCGCUGGGCAUCUCGGUGCGCUCGGGCAGCGCCAAGGUGGCCUUUUCGGCCAUCCGCAGCACCAACCAUGAGCCGUCGGAGAUGAGCAACAGGACCAUGAUCAUUUACUUCGACCAGGUACUAGUGAAUAUCGGACUGAACUUUGACUCUGAGCGGAGCACUUUCAUCGCGCCCCGAAAGGGGAUCUACGGCUUUAAUUUUCACGUAGUCAAAGUGUACAACAGGCAAACCAUCCAGGUGAGCCUGAUGCUGAAUGGUUGGCCAGUGAUUUCCGCCUUUGCCGGGGACCAGGAUGUCACCCGUGAAGCCGCCAGCAAUGGGGUCCUGAUCCAGAUGGAGAAAGGAGACAGAGCCUAUUUGAAACUGGAGAGAGGAAACUUAAUGGGGGGUUGGAAAUAUUCAACCUUCUCUGGAUUUCUAGUAUUCCCUCUUUAAACAACUUGCCGACUGGCUGAGGAAGGGAGGAAGGAGCAAGUCUUUCAGCACUGCUUACCAAUCCCUGAAUUUGUAGCUGGAUAGAAGGAAUCUCGGACAGCAAAAAGCUUCUGGAUACUAUCGACAUAACUGCAGAAGUUAAACCCUUAACUUAGGUUUGUGUGCAUUGCUCUGAAGAUCUCUGUAAUGGCGCAGCCGGACAACGGAAGACGCUUGAAUUCAUCCUCCUUCAAUAAUUAUUUCUCUUUUCUCUCUCCCAUUUUGCAAACCAAAUUAUGUUACAUCUCCAUUUAACUGAUAUUAUUAGCUACCAUUGCACCCCACCCACUGCCCCCGCAAGCUCCUACAUGGUACCUACUUCACACAUCCUUUUUACAGCCAAUUUGGGUUUGUUUUUAACAUUAUAUAUCUCUAUUUUUUACUCUUUCCCUGAGUUUAAAAAAAAGUAUUUUUGAAUACAUGGGUGCCAUGGUUGAGAGGUGCAAUGCAAACCCUGCUGUGAUGCUACUAGUAAGGAAAUCUGGGGAGGGUAGGACUAUCAACACAAACUUAUUCUAGCCAAAUCCUGAUUUUCACUAUUUCUAUGUAAUUCUGAGUGAUUGUGGAAUUUUCAGGCUGCUCGAUGUUUUGAUGCUUGUUUUUCGCUCUUGUAA